CCUCGCCCGCCCGCUCGCUCCUGCGUCCGCCGCCUCCACACGCGCAAGACCAAUCCGGUGGAGGGUGGUUGGAUGCUUAUCCAUUCCCUCAAGGGUAUAACGGUAAAUUGAUAUUUCAUAAAUCAUUUUUUUUAUUUUCAUUUGUUUUUUAACCCAAAAAUGUGGCGCCCACCUAACGGGAGUUAAAACUGAUGGCAAACGGCUGAUUCGUUUUCAAAAAGUGGGGGUAAAAUUGCAAACCCUAAAAAGUAAGGGUAAAAUAGUAGUUGAGGUUGAAAGUGAGGGCAUGGAUGCAAUUGUCCUUUAAAAUUUUAUGAUUGUAUUGUACAAAUGAAUAGUCCGCAUUAACGUGUGGGGUAUCAAUUAGUAGUUCAUGAAGAAAGCAACCAGUACCUUCCGAGAAAUUACCAUUAUAACAAUAAAUAAAUACUUGAAUUACAAAGGCCUUUUUGACAAGUGGCCCCAUUACACAAUUCCAUAAUUUUUUUAAAACCUGUCUUCAUGUUAUUAUUGUAUACUAGAAAAUUAGUGCGCCAGCCGGUGUGCUCGCUUUAUAGCCCUUGUAUAUUUAUUUUAUUAAAGUAGUGAAAAUUUCACAAAAUUUUAUAGAAAUCAGUUUAAUUUCCUUGAAAAUGAUGCAAAAAAUCAUACAUUCAAAUAUUUUUGUUGAAUGGAAUUUUGAUUUUCAAUUUAAAAUAGCAUAUCAUUGUUGAGAAAUCCUCAAGUUUUCUCUCCUUUUUCCAUCCAUGCUAUUUAUGGUUCUUUUCUUCAAACUGAUUAAAUUGUCUACUAAUGAUAAAAUAGGUGGUGAUAAUUUUAAAAAAAAUUGAAGUGUUGAUUUUUUUAAGGAAGCUACAAUGUUCAUCAUUCCUUGGAACCAAGUAGUUUAAUGCAUAGACUUGAUACAAAUGUUUGCCAUUACGGCUAAUUAUUUUGUUAGUAGGUGACAUAUCUACUGUUGUUCAAUCUUAGUAUAUAUAUGUACGGUCUCUUGGAGGUGUUUAAGAUAGGUGUGUAUGUUUUUAUAAGAGCGAGUUUACGCGAAUUUAUAUGAGCGUAUGCGUUUAAACUAUGGCUUUUAAAAAAAAUGCGUUUAAACUAUGGCUUUUAAAAAAAAAGUUUAAAUGUACUGUAGAAUUUGUGUCCAUUAAAUCUUGUCCUCUGCCUAAUAAAUAUCUUAAGAACAUAGCCCUAUUAACAUAACAUAUGAUACCGUAGGUAUUUGCUCCUUCUCAUAGUCGAUCCUUCCAGAUUCUCCUCUCUGCAGCAGCAGUGACUGUGUUAUACCCUAACUGUCUCACAAGACAUACUGCUGCUCAGUCUCGUUUUUUCUUAAUAUGCUUUUGGGAUUUAUUUGCCAAGAGCCUGAUGACACGUUGGCCGACACCGUCAGCAUUAAAAAUAAAGGCUAGAAAAUCAGCGUGCCUUAGGAGAACACCUGUGCAAAUUGUUUCAGUGUGUUAUUAAGAAGCAGAAAUUUUGCAAAUGUUUAUGGAAUUAGUACAAUUUCCUUAAAAUUUGAAAAUCCUAAAUUAUCUUUUCUUAGGUAUUACUUAGUAUUCAUUUGUUGCGUAUAAUUAUAAUCGAAUUGUUUAUUAAAUGAUACUCAACAAAUGAAGUGUCUCAUAAAAUAGGUGAUGAGACUUUUUAAAGUGUUCUAGAGGUUUUAUUUGCAAAUUUAUGCUUGAUGGGUGGAAUUCAUGCCAUAAAACCUACAACCCGUCCCAAAAUAAGAUCAUCUUCGUCUCCUUCCAUUUAUCUCAAAAUAAUUUUAUUUUUGAGUAAUUAUUGCAUUGGAGUUUGUGAAAGCAAGAGACAAACAUAUUGAAAAGUACAUAAAAUGGGAAAUAUUUGCAUUAGAAUAUAAUAAAGUGGGAUAUCAAUCCUUUUCUUUUGUAUUGGUAUGUGUGGAAUGGGUGAAAAUAAAUUUAUUUUGAGACGGAGGAAGUAUUUCCAUGCCAUAAUAUAUAAAAUCUACGAUUGAUGAUGCUACAGUACUCUAAUCAACUUGUAUGUGGGCUCUUGAUAUAAUUGCUUUGGGUCUAUCUAUACUAUUGGUGACAUAUAUUUGAAUCUACAACAAUCAGAUCUGAACUCUGCAUCUUACAAGUUGAUGACUGAUGAGAUUAUAACCAUAUUGAUCACAACAUAAAUCAUGGGUGAGCUAUGAUAAACUUCAAAUGAUUAAAAUCCACAACAUAAAUUAAAUUACAUUAAUAUAAUUACACUGUAGUUGUAACUACAAUGUAACUAUGGUGUAAAACACUAUAAAUACUAGUAACAUCUUUGUGUUGGAAUAAAUGGGCUAGUCCCAAUUUAAUUCAAUUAAAAUCUCAAGGACCCACAAUAAAUGUUAGAGAUAAUAAUACCACCUUGGAGAUUAAAAGUGGAGUAUCUCAACUUAAAUAGGGAGUUAUUGGAGAUUCCCUGUUGACCAAUUGAGGUGGGGGACGGACAGCCACACGCGUGCGCGCGAGCCAGGCCGGGGUGUGGCGAGGCGGGCGGUUGCAGACAUACGAGAGAAGAUUGAUCUCGAUCUGGCCUACUCCACUCUCGGUUUGGUUUACUCCCACACUCAUUCAUUUUGCAACGGUUGAGAAUUGAAUCCCUACUCCACUCUCGGUUUGGUUUACUCCCACACUCAUUCAUUUUGCAACGGUUGAGAAUUGAAUCCCAAUAAUUCCGCAGCGAUUACUUCUAUAACGGCAAGCAGAUCAAUUCCUCGAUUGAUUGCGCCGUUACUGCAGGAGCGGAAGCGAUUGGGAUUCCUCUCCCUUCCUACGCACUAUAAGGUUGACAGAGACAGAAGAGAGAAGAUUGGUUGAGGAUUGAAUCCCAAUAAUUCCGCAGCGAUUACUUCUGUAACAGCAAGCGGAUCAAUUCCUCGAUUGAUUGCGUCGUUACUGCAGGAGUGGAAGCGAUUGGGAUUCCUCUCCCUUCCUGCACACUAUAAGGUUGACAGAGACAAACGAGAGAAGAUUGAUCUCUGAUCUCGUUCUGGAUUACUCCACUCUCGGUUUGGUUUACUCCCACACUCAUUCUUCCAUCGUUGGUUCAUCUCCUUCUGUUCCUGUGCUGCUUCUGUUCUCCCCGGUCAUGAUCGCUUGCGUGCACGAGUGAUUGGGACGAGCAGGGCCUCCGGAACCACACCCUCACCUAAGUAUCUGCACGGGUAGGCGGGUGAUCAGGUUUUUGGAGAGUGCUUCCCGCACGACUGCUCUUCAUCUGUUUGUCGUCGGCGUGGACGUCUUCCGUUCCGGUUCGUCUUCCUCUGCAUUGACUACGCCAACAUGUCGAACACCGGCAACGAUAUCAACACUGGAGACAAGGAGAAGGAGGCUCCCGUCAACACCAACGGAGGCAAUACUACCUCAAAUACCAGCGGAGGGCCAUUCUCAUGGAUUCAACGAAGGUGUGACGGAUUACCUGGCAAAUAUAAGGUUGGGAAGGUGUCGAAAAUGGAGGAAAAAUCUAGUGCUAUGUCCAACAUUGCGCCCGUCGCACCUACUCGUAUUACUAGAUAUGAUAAGGAUGACAAGCAUAAACCAGUUAUAGUUUGUGCUCUGGCUGCUUUACCUAUUCCUUCACAACCACCUAAGGCUUCACAAGAACGUAAACGGCAACGUCGUACAUUUUGGACAAAAUGUGCAACCUGCAAGGAGAAGAACAAAUUCCCCAUAACAAAUCUUGCAUGUCAAGUUGUUUGCCCUGCUUGCACAGAAACAUUCACAGCAAUUGAGGUAGCUAGACCAAGGAAUACAUCUCUCUACUGUAAAGAAAAAUUGGAGUCUAGUUCGUCUGUUGCGGCUAAUUCCUCCUUGCAGUCUACUGCUGUAACUCCUAUUGCUGAUGUGGCCUAUCACCCUUCCAAUAUACAAGGGAAGCGUAAAGAUGGAGAAGUGAAGAUUAGUGAGGCAUUCCCUAAGCCUGCUGUUGAGAAACUUUUGCAAGCAAGGAUGAAGGAGAUCUUAGAAAAGAAGCUCAACGAUAGGCAAGCAAAAGAUGAAGGACAGUAACUGAUUGAGAAAAUGGUGCCUAUCCCAAGGUUGAGAAGCACAAUUGUGGAUUUCGAAGGUGGCAAAGAGUGUUGGAAGACGCCAGAUGUGCAACUUGUGGCUAAAAACAGAAGAUUGAUAAAUGAAUAUUUCUAAAUUGCAACUCAAAAGCUAGCUAGACGAAUAUAUUUCCCCCUAAACAAAUGUUUCAGCAGAAGAUAUAUACCAUAGUUAAUUUAGUGUAUGCUGAAAAUCCUGUAAGGUUCAUUAUUACUGAUGAACAAUUAUGUUUUAUUUGUUCUAUUUUGGGGAAGAUGUCGUUACAAAUA